AUGGUCCCUGCUCUGGGAGCCCCACCCUCCCUGAAGGUCCCUGCCCUGGGAGCUCCACCCUCCCUGGUGCUGUGCUCAGGACCCUCCCUUGUGCUGCAGAAGUCGGUGAUCCACAGUCGGCAGUUGCCCUUCAGAUUCCUUAAUGCCCACGAUGCCCUCGAUCACCUCGCGGGUCAGCUCUGCAAUCAAGUGCUGCCCUUUCCUUCGAAUACAAAGCUGCUGAGGCAGAUGAUGAUAAGAAACUCAAAAUGCAUGACGAAGUACCCACGGUACCUUUGCAAACUCAGCCGCCGGAAGCUCCGAGCAGCAAUGAUGAUCCCUGCGAUAUAUGAGCAGCUCAAGAGGGAUAAGCUGAAAGUGCACAAGGCCAGACACUGCAAAUAUGACCUGGAGCUGCUAGACCGGUACCGCCAGGCCCUGGAGGUAGCCGUGAACCUCUCUGUGAAGCACAACCUGCCCCCGCUGCCAGGCCGCACCAUCUUGGUCUACCUGACGGACUGUAAUGCAGACCACUUCUGUGCCAAGAUUCUGGAGAAGCGAGGGCGAGACACAGGUAGCAGUUUGGCUCGGGUGGGGCCUCUUGUGGUUGGGGCAUGUGAGAGGAAGAGCUCAUCUCCUGAGAGGGAAAGCCUGAGGGAGUUGGAGGAAGGGGAUGAGUCACCUGUGCAUACUUCCGAGAAGUACCUGCUCUCUGUGGCUGCCUGCAGGGUGCCUGUGGACAGAGUCAUCAUUUUUGGUUUCCCAUCCUGUUACGAUGUACCAUUUCCAGCCCUAUACAUCUGGCAGCAUGUGAAUCCCAAGUGUCUCUUUGUUACUGUCCUCCUAAAGCAAAUAAGUAGGUUUGUAAACUUGAAUCCCAGUUACUUGACGCUCUCAGGCUGUACAGACGGGAUACUGAGGUACAUUUCAGAGUAUGGGGCAUCACAUCUUCUAGAACAUGUAGGACAGAUGGACAGAAUAUUCAAGAUACCACCACCCCCGGGAAAGACGCAGGCCCCGAUGCUCCGGCCACUUGGAGAGGACGCUCCCAGCCCCUUGGCUCCUCUGUCGCAGCGUGGCUGGCGCAGCAUCCGGCUGUUCAUUUCCUCCACUUUCCGGGACAUGCACGGGGAGCGGGACCUGCUGUUGAGGUCCGUGUUGCCAGCACUGCAGGCCCAAGCCACCUCCCACCGCAUCAGCCUCCAUGGCAUCGACCUGCGCUGGGGCGUCACUGAAGAGGAGACCCGGAGGAACAGACAGCUGGAGGUGUGCCUCGGGGAAGUGGAGAACUCCCAGCUGUUCGUGGGGAUUCUCGGCUCCCGCUACGGCUAUGUUCCCCCCAGCUACAACCUUCCUGACUAUCCUCACUUCCGUUGGGUCCAGCAGUACCCGCCAGGCCGCUCCGUGACAGAGAUGGAGGUGAUGCAGUUCCUGAACCGGGAUCAAUGCCUGCGGCCCUCUGCCCGAGCUCUCAUCUACCUCCAGGAUUCCAGUUUCCUCAGCUCUGUACCAGAUACCUGGAGACCUGACUUCAUUUCUGAGUCAGAAGAGGCCGCGCAGCGGAUGUCAGAACUGAAGGCUUACCUCAGCAGACAGGAGGAGAUCACCUGCCGUAGGUACUCCUGCGAGUGGGGGGGCACAGCGGCUGGCCGGCCCUUCACCGGGGGGCUGGAGGAGUUCGGGCAGGUGGUUCUCCAGGAUGUGUGGGGUAUGAUCCAGAAGCUCUACCUACAGCCUGGGGCCGAGCCGGAGAGGCCAGUGUCCAUCCCGGAUGAUGAAAUGGUGCAGGCCACCUAUCAGGAGCUACAGUGCCCACCGAGUCCUGCCCGGCCUCGGCUACUUCAGGACACAGUGAGGGAGUUGAUGCUGCCCCACGGGAAGCUGAGCCUGGUGAUUGGGCAGUCGGGACAGGGCAAGACCGCCUUCCUGGCAUCCCUUGUAUCAGCACUGCGGGCUCCAGCUGGGGCCAAGGUGGCUCCGUCUGUCUUCUUCCACUUCUCAGGAGCCCGGCCCGACCAGGGUCUUGCCCUCAGCCUGCUCAGGCGCCUGUGUAACUACCUGCGAAGACAGCUGAAGGAAGCCAGUGCCCUCCCCAGCACGUACAGGGGCCUGGUGUGGGAACUUCAGCAGAAGCUGCUGCCCACCUGCGCUGAGACCCUCCAGCCCAGCCAGACCCUGGUGCUGAUCAUCGAUGGGGCUGACAAGUUGGUGAACCAGAACGGACAGCUCAUCUCAGCCUGGAUCCCAAAGUCCCUUCCCAGGUGGGUACACCUGGUGCUGAGUGUGUCUAGUCACUCUGGCCUUGGCAAGACCCUUGAGCAGAGCCAGGGUGCCCAUGUGGUCACUCUAAGGCCUCUGGACCCACCUGACCGAACCCAGCUGGUGAGGGAGGAGCUAGCGCUAUAUGGAAAGUGGCUGGAGGAGUUGCCUUUCAACAACUAGAUGCGACUGCUGCUAGUGAAGCGGGCAUCAGGCCUGCCGCUGUACCUGCGCCUGGUCACUGAUCACCUUCGGCUCUUCACACUCUAUGAGCAGGUGUCGGAGAGACUACGCACCCUGCCUGCCACUGUGCCCCUGCUGCUGGACCACAUCCUGAGCACUCUGGAGCAGGAGCAUGGCCAGGACAUCCUUCCCCGAGCGUUGGCCACCCUGGAAGUCACACACAGUGGUCUGACUGUGGAGCAGCUGCAUGCAGUGCUCAGUGCAUGGCGGAAUCUGCCCAAGGGGACUGAGAGCUGGCAGGAGGCCGUGGCUGCUGGGAGCACUGGAGAGCCUUACCCUAUGGGCUCGUUUGUCUACCUUGUGCAGUCUGCGCAGAGUUUGCUAGGGGAGGGCCCUCUGGAGCACCCUGGUGCCCGCCUCCGGCUCCCGGAUGGACUGCUGAAGACAGCAGCCAGACAUCGCUAUAGAAAAAUGCGAGGUCUGCAGAGCACGGCACACAUCCUCAUUGCAGCUCUGCUCUGGAAGGCAUGUGACCCUGACGCUUCAGGCUCCUUCCGACAUUGUCAUCCACAGGCUCUGGGAGACCUGCCGGGCCACCUGCUCCAGAGUGGGAACCGUGCCCUUCUGGAGAAGUUCCUCAGCAGCAUGCACGUGGUGGCCGCCCACCUGGACUUGGGCCUGCUGCCCCAGCUCUUGGAGGCGCAUGCACUCUAUGGUGAGACGAGUCCCUGGAUGCUUUUUUGCUGGGAGGUUCAGGCUCUUGAGUGUACGCACAAGAACCCUGCUGAGGGGGAGGAAGAGUGGGAAAAACCAGGCAGCUCCAGCCUGUCUCUGGCGAUUCCCUCAUCCCCCACUGCUGUAGCCAUCUCCCUUAGUGGACUCGGAGCGGCUGUAGGCACUGCCAACAGGACAGUGUACCUUUUGGACCUGAGAACCGGACAGGAGGAGAAGUCCAUAGUGAGUGGCUGUGACGGGAUCUCAUCCUGCGCUUUCCUCUCAGACAGUGCCCUGUUUGUUAUCGCCUUUGAUGGGCUCCUGGAGCUCUGGGACCUGGAGCCCGGUUGUCGGGUGCUGCAGACCAAGGCUCACCAGGACCAGGUCACGGGCUGCUGCCUGAGCCCAGACCACCGGCUGCUGGCCACUGUGUGUGUCUCAGGGCUGCAUGUAGCUCCCCAUCUCCUCCACUGUCUAUUGCAGCUUUGGGACACGGUCCGUGGACAGCUUUCCUGCCAGCACACUUGUGCCAAGCCCCUCACCUGUGUUGCCUUCCACCCAGAGGGGCAGGCACUAGCCACUGGCAGCUGGGCAGGCAGCAUCAGCUUCUUCCAGGCGGAUGGACUCAAAGCCACCAAGGAGCUGGGGGCCCCAGGAGCCUCUGUGCGAUCUUUGGCCUUGAAUGCACCAGGGCAGGUUGUGGCUGUUGGCCGGCUGUACGGGAAGGUGGAGCUCUGGGCCUGGCAAGAGGGUGCAUGGCUGGCUGCCUUCCCUGCUCACAGUGGCUUUAUUUCUGCUGUGCUUUUCCUGCACAGCCAGGGCCAGUUACUGACAGCCGGAGAGGAUGGCAAGGUUCAGGUGUGGUCGGGCUCCCUGGGUUGGCCCCGGGGAUGCCUGGGCUCCCUUCCUCUCUCUCCUGCCCUCUCAGUGGCUCUCAGCCCAGAUGGUGCACAGGUGGCCGUUGGGUACCGAACCGAUGGCAUUAAGGUCUACAGAAUCCCUUCAGGUCCCCAUCGUGUGCAUCGUGUGCAGGGUCGAAUGCUAGAUGUGGCAGUGUCUGCGCUGGCCUGGCUGAGCCCCAAGGUGUUGGUGAGCGGUGCAGAAGAUGGCAGCCUGCAGGGCUGGGUGCUCCAGGAAGGCGCUGUGCUUCAGGCCCUCUGGCUCCUGCCUGGAAACCAGAAGGCGGUGCUGGAUCUGGCCUCCUCCCAGGACCUUCUGGCUUCUGCCUCGGAGGAUUUUACAGUGCGGCUCUGGCCAAAGCAGUUGCUGACACAGCGGCACAAGGCAGGACACUUGCCCCAAUGCACUGCGCUCCGGGGACACCGGGGCCCUGUAAGUUGCUGUAGCUUCAGCAUGAAUGGAGGCAGCCUGGCCACUGGCGGCAGGGAUCGGAAUCUCCUGUGCUGGGAUGUGCGGACCCCGCAGAGCCCUCUUAUGAUUCGCUCCUUCCCUGCCUGUCACCGUGAUUGGGUCACUGGCUGUGCCUGGACCAGAGAUGACCUGUUGGUCUCCUGCUCCAGUGAUGGCUCUGUGGGGCUGUGGGACCCAAAGUCGGGACAGCAGCUUGGUCAUUUCCUGGGUCAUCAGAGUGCCGUGAGCGCCGUGGUGGCUGUGGAAAAACACGUGGUGUCCGUGGACCGGGACGGGAUCUUGAAAGUGUGGGACCGUGGAGGUGUGGAGCUGACCAGCAUCCCAGCGCACUCAGGGCCCAUCAGCCAGUGCGCAGCUGCCCUGGAGCCCUGCCCAGCGGGACAGGCUGGCUCAGAGCUUCUGGUGGUGACUGUCGGCCUGGACGGGGCCACAAGGCUGUGGCAUCCACUCUUGGUGUGGCAGACACAUACCCUCCCGGGACACAGUGGUCCUGUCAGUGCAGCUGCGGUCUCCCAGCGCUCGGGCCUUCUGCUGACCACCUCAAGCGAUGGUUCAGUGCGGCUGUGCCAGGUGCCUCAGGAAGCAGAUGAUACCAGUAACCUGAGGAGUUUCACAGCCAUCACCGCGGUGGCCUGGGCGCCGGACGGCUCUGUGGCUCUGUCUGGAAAUCUAGCUGGGGAAUUAACCCUGUGGCAGGAUGCCAGGCCUGUGGCCACAGCGCAGGCCCCCGGCCGUGUCAGCACUCUGCUCUGCAACUCAGCCUACAACUUCUUCGUUCUCAGUGAUGAUGAAAAGAUCACCGAGUGGCACGUGCUCGAUUCUCCGGGGCAGAGGGGUUCAACAUCUGGCUAUAGGCUUCACCUACACCGAGUUCUGCAAGAACAUGGAAUCCUCACAGGUCUGCACCUGGCCCCUGAUGGCUAUUCCCUCAUCUUGGUCGAUGAGAAUUUGGAUGUACUACAUAUGACGCCUGGGGAUGAUCCAUCUGUCAUCGAGUACACAUAUCAAAAUUGUCCCGUAGUAUUGUCCAGCCACAAAGAAUACGGGGUGUUCUAUGUGAGACCAAUGGGUGAUCAAGCUGUGCGUCUCUUGAAAGGUGAGUUUGAAGGAAGGGUCACAAACAUUCACUUGAACUCUGUCACAGCCCUCCAUGUGCUUCCUGAGAUGCUGGUGACAGGCUCGAAGGAUAGAGAUGUGAAGCUGUGGUCAAGGCCCAGUAUGCAACUGCUGGGCCUGUUCCGAUGUGAAGGGGCAGUGAGCUGCCUGGACCCGUGGCUGGGACCUGACUCGAUCCUGCAGCUCGCCGUGGGAGACACACAGGGCCACGUAUACUUCUUGUCCUGGGAGUGAAGAUGGACUACUCGGGAACACAGGACACCACUUGUGCUAGAGAUGCAGAGCCUCAAGGUUCUGUGGUGCCUCCUUCCCCGAUUACACAAAUAAAGUGUCAGCGCGUCUUCA